ACAGUGCACUGAGUGCAGUCUCAGUAAGCCAGCGGCUUCCGUACCGAGAGAGUGGUUGCUGUACCUCGUGUGUUAAGUGGCGGUCGCUCCGCCGCCACAUUGACAUCGAAGGCAGCGACUAUGAGACUACCUACAGUGUGGUGCGGCCGGCUGUUGGCGACCUUCUUAUCUGGUGUGGUGCUGGGCUUUAUGGUGGCCACACUCGACUUCCAGAGUUCAUCGCUGUGGCUGCAGACAGCUACCAUCGGCAGCUACGAGUACAAGCUGGUCGCCUCAGAUGUCCUACCGAGUGCGAAGCGCUUUGUCCCUACGGCUUGGCGCAAUCCAGAAUGCAAUGGGACCACAGCUGACGGCGUGAAGCAACGUGUACGUGUGUUGUGCUGGGUGAUGACUGGUCCUAAGAACCAUGCCACUAAGGCAGCCGCCGUAAAUGCCACAUGGGGCCAACACUGUGACAAGCUACUCUUCAUGACCUCUAAACAUGAUACCACACUACCCACAGUGGCACUUGAUGUUUCAGAAGGGCGGCAGCAUCUUUGGGCUAAGACUCAAGCUGCGUUCAAAUAUAUUGUCCAUGAAGGCCUGUUGGAGAGUACUGAUUGGGUGCUUAAGGCUGAUGAUGACACGUUCAUGGUGAUGGAAAAUUUACGCCACCUGCUGCUGCCUCUGAAUGCUUCAAGAGCUCUCUUUGUGGGUCUGCGUCUACGGCCAUUCUCUCCAGAGGGCUUUAUGAGUGGCGGUGCAGGAUAUGUGCUUAGUCGGAUGGCAGUUCUUCGCUUUGUUGAGGAAGGACUAUCUGGUGACAUAGAAGGCUGCAAUAACACAGGAAAAGAUGGAGAGGAUGUUGCCAUGGGUCGCUGCAUGGUGGCAUUAAAUGCAACAUUUUUGGACAGCCGAGACUCUGAUGGGCUGGAGCGCUUUCAUGCUUAUGGUCCAGAACGACAAAUGGCACCAGAUAAUGAAAUGAAUUGGCUGAAGAAUUACUCUUAUUACCCACUACAACCGCCUUCUAAGUGUUGUUCAGCAGCUGCAGUGUCAUUUCACUACAUCUCAGCCACAGCCAUGCGAGCUAUGUACUAUUUGAUAUACAGUUUAAAACUACAUGAAGUGAACGAAUGUGAAUUGCCAGCCAGCUGACAUAUGAACAUGAUUAGCAAGACUACUUAACUGCAGUAUUAUGUGAGGAUUGGACAGUGUGUAAAGUACAUGUGAAUCGUAAAGAGUAUUUUGAAAGAACCAGUGGAAUGUUAAAUAUUGAACUACUAGUGACCUGUGAAAAUACUUUGACAGAAGGCUUUAAAAACUUGCUGAAAUGCUGUUCAUAGCAGAGUACAUCUGAUAAAAUUAAAAUUAACAAUUCAUGGUAAAGUGUAUUAAUUUUAUCCAUUUAUUCCUCAAAGGAACGUUCAAAUUAUGUGUAAAUACUAUGAAUUUGCAUUGUAUAAGUAACGUUUUCUGUGACUUACAUUUGUGUUUUGUUCUAAUUGUCUGUGUCCAUAUUCUUCUCUGUGGGUUUAUUCACCCGUAAAGAGUCUGCUUUCAUCCUGUGGGUGAUUAAGAGAUUCGUCUAAUGUUGUUAAAUCAAGUUAAGUUUAUUUUCUCUUCUGAGUGCAGCUAUGUAACCUUGUAACUUGAAGCCACUUAGUUUAAUGCUGCACUAUGCAUGUCACCUAUUUCCUCCAUGUAAUAAAAACUAGGUAAAAGCAUUCAAAGCAUUAGAAGCUAAAUGAUUACCUUGAGUGUACUUCAAUAUUUGAAGUGUGCCUUUAAUGAUGUUCAUAUUACUUAAAACUGGAUACCUAGUAUGGUAUCAGAUUUACUUCAUAUGAAACUACUGACACAUUGUUAAACAUAGUGUAAUGCCUAAAACAAAUUUUGGAAUAAGUUUAAGAAAAUCUGAUGUCAUAGAAUUGUUUUGGCAUACUGUAUACAAAAAUUUCCCGAAUACACAAUCAGAUUUUUUCUUUUAA